GGAGACAGAUCCGCUCUGCAUUCCCACUCUACGAGCAAUAAAAAUAAACUUUCAGCAGCGUAAUCCCGACUUCGUUCUUUCGACAAGCCACUCUCCUUUCGUGACGUCCCGUAUCAGUGUUUAGGAGUUCUACCCAUCGUUACGCGGUGUCAUCGUCUCAUCUCUUUGAAACCUCGAUCGUACAUCAGGAGCAGUUUUCUUCUUUUCCUCCCAUUCACUCUAUAAGUUCGUCGUGCGCAUUCACUGCUUGUGUUCUAUUGGAAAGUGUCAAGUGUAUCUUGCAAGUCAAUCGUUCGGCGAAAAAAUGCAAAGUGCGCGUAAAACAGCCUACAAUCGCAGUGAUCAGCGAUAAUUUAAUGUUUGUUUUUCAAGUUGAUGAAACGAAAUUGCUAUCAAUUGAUAUUAUUGUUGUUCUUAUAACUUCAAAAUCGUCUGAAAACAUUGUUUAGAAAGUUCAAAUUAUACAAAGAAAAAUUUACAGUUUAUUUUGAAUUCAAAGGCAUUAUAUAUGAUAGUGAUAUAGGACAAUUUUUUAAAACUAAACUUAUGAAAAAUGUCACUAGCAAUAUAAAAAAGAACUAUUUAUAGUUAUUCAAAAUGUCUGCACAGGAAAAUAAUUAUCUGGUUUUGAAUGGUAUUUUAAAGAAUCUAAACGAGAAAAAUAAUUAUGUCUUUGAAAUUGAAUUAAUUCAAUUAUAAUUGAAAAGUCUAAGAGAACUUUGGUGAUCUUAUAUGAAAAUAGAUAGUUCUUAAUUACAUAGGAGAAACAAGAGGUAUCUCUGUAGGUUACACAAAACAUAUGACGGUACUAACAUAAUUUGCCGUUUUUAUCUGCGGCUUGCAGUAAGUUGCUUAGGAUAUUUUUUAGGCAACGCGGCGCAGGGAUUUUUUCAGAGGUACUUACUAGGAAUACUAGUAUUUAUUUUAUCUGGCAGAAACGGAAAUGGUGUCAAUUGCAAUGCAGUCCAGGAAAGAUUUUUACACCCUAAUUGCAGUUUUUAGAAAACAAGUUCGACCUGUCGGUGAUCGUUGCUGCAAGAAUUUUGAUUCUCAUUCGGCCUCAAAAAAUGUGGAAAAAGGAAUAUCAGCGAUACAAAAAUCAUAUGAAACGGUAGCUUCUUCAAGCGCUGUUCGUGAGAUGCCUGUAGAUCCAGUAAAUUCUUUUCUGGGGAUGAUUCGAUUUCUGUUUGCAUCUCGUUUGGGAACAAAGCUUCACGAAUAUGUUGAUCAACGGCAUAAAGAUCUGGGACCCAUAUACAGGAGUCAUGCAGGUUCUACCUCAGCAGUAUUCAUUAAUUCUCCUGAGGAAUAUCGCAAGAUUUUCGUCCAGUUAGAAGGACCAACACCAAAGCACUUUAUACCAGAAGCAUGGAUUAUUUACAAUAAAGAACAUUCAAAAAAUUCCCGUGGUCUCUUUUUCAUGGAAGGAGAAGAAUGGCUACAUUUUCGAAGAAUACUGAACAAACUUCUUCUUAAAGUUAAUUCUAUCGAUUUUAUGAUAGAGCCCUGUGGUAAAGUUGCAAAGGAUCUGGCUACAACUAUGUUCUCUUUUGCUAAUGCGGAAACGGCCGUCCCAAAUUUGAAGCUUCAAAUUUAUGAUUAUUCUCUUCAAGCCAUACUGGCGACUCUCAUAGGUUCUACUUGGAUCACACAUAAAACACAGAUACUGAGGGAGGCCGAUGAUCUGGCCGUCUUUAUGUAUAAAAUAUUCAAGUAUUCUAGUCGGCUGAACGUCAUAUCUGCAAAAAAGGCAAAGGAUGCCAAUUUCCCGUGGUGGAAUUUGUUUGCUAGAAACUUGGAUGAUGUUUUAAAAAAAGUGACGGACGUGUUAGCGCUAAUGACACGUCUUGACAGUGAUGGACUUCUUAAAAACAUGAUAGAUGCUGGUAUAAAGAAUGAGGACCUUGUUAGAAUUGUUGCAGAUUUAAUUAUAGCAGCGGGUGAUACAACGACUUCAUCUACUCAAUGGGCGUUGUAUUUACUGAGUAUCCAUCCGGCAAUCCAGGAACGAUUUUACAAAAAUGUUAAAGAUAAAAAGCACAAGGAAGCACUUCUUGAUCCUUUGACCAUCGGCAUCUUGAAAGAGACUCUAAGAUUAUACCCAACGGCUCCAUUCCUGACUCGAUAUAUACCCGUAGAUGCUCAGAUUGGAGGGUAUCAUGUUUCCAAAGAGGAAAUUUUGCUUAUGAGUUUGUACUCCAGUGGGCGGGAUCCCGCAAAUUUUAUUAAACCUGAUCAAUUUCAACCUGAUCGGUGGACGCGAUUAGAAAAUGGAAGCUAUGAAGGCGUACUCCAUCCAGCUGCCACAAUACCUUUCGCUAUUGGAGUUAGGAGUUGCAUUGGUAAAAAGUUGGCGGAAGUCAAAAUAAAUUUGGCUUUAAUAGAGCUCGUAAAAAACUUCAGGAUAGAGUGCAUAAACAAGCGUCCAGUGAAGAUGGUCUUACAAAUGAUCGCUGAACCGUCUGAACCUAUCCAGCUGAAGUUAACCUCUAGAUGAUGCCAAAGAGCGAUCUAAAUGAGUUUUUAGUUGAAAACUUCCAAACCAAGACUCUUCAACGUGGGAAUGAAAUAUUUUCAGGCAUUAUUAGGUUAUUGCGUAUUAAAAGAGCAGUGUAAAGACCUUUUACUUAAGAAAUAUAGUUUUACAUGUAUAACAAGCGCAAUAAUCAUUGAUUAAGGUUUUAGUAGCCAAGAGUAUAUCAAUUUUUAGAAGAUUUAGAGUAAAGAAAAUAUAUUAGACUAUUAUGUAUGAUUGCAUGUAUGUCUAACGGCAACGGGAAUUGUAGACAGUCAUGUAAUUACAAGAAUAAUGUAUAAUAUUGUAUAAUAAUGUAUCAAAAUACAUUAAAAAUGGCAAUCUGUAAAAAAA